CUUCAGGUUAAAGCUGAAAUCCCCUGACUGCUUUGGUGAGAUAUAAGCAAAGACUUAGAAGACAAUGAAAUUUAGAAAAGAAUUUAAGAAGCAAAUGGUGCCUGAGUGGACAGAAGCCUAUCUGGAUUAUAAUGGUCUAAAACGUAUUUUACGAGAGAUUUUGCACUACGAGCUAAGUAAGCAGCCGGCAAUACCUCUGAAAUCCUUACAGAAGAUAUUAUCUCUGCACCGAACUCUCAGCGGUCUACAUCUACACCCAAGCAACCUAAUGAACAAGGGAGAUGUAGAGGAUCAAGUGACAGAUUCUGGGGAAGGAGGAGAGAAUGAGGUUGAAUUCUUUACAAAGCUUGAUGAAGAGCUCAACAAGGUCAACACCUUUUAUAAGGAAAAGAUAGAGGCAGUGAUGGAUGAAGCAGCUUUACUGAAUAAAAAAAUGGAUGCUUUGAUUGCUUUGUGGAUGACCGUACAAAGCUGUGGUGGUAAUGGUGAUAGUUUAAGAGAACAUCAGCCUGCUGAAAUGGGCUUUGAAGAUUCAAGUUAUGAAGUGGAGAUGAGUGGCAGAAGUGCACUAGAAGAAUCUUCCUACGCUCAUAGUGGAAGUGAAAAUAUGGAUGUGAUUCUUCAAGAGAUUAAUCAUGAUGAAGAAUCCACUAGUGGCCCAGAAUCAAUCCAUUUUAAUAUUCAAAAGAGUAAUGGUUGCCAGGAGGUAGGCAACAGCUCUGUCAGCCAACAAGAUCCCCUGGAUAUUCUCGAGCAUGUGAAGAUUAACAAUACCCUUGAAUCUCCUCUGUCAACCACAAAAGGUCUUUUCAAAGAUUUCAAAGAUGAUGAGUUACGUUUCGAAACGAAUGAACUGAGGAAAGUUGAAAAAAGGAAGAGAAAGGUGUUUAUCGAAUUCUACCAGAAGCUUCGGCUUCUACAGCACUACAGUUUCAUGAAUCUUACAGCAUUAUCCAACAUCAUGAAAACAUAUGAUAAGAUUGCAUCAAGAAGGGCAGCAAGAAGGGCAGCAAGAUCAUACAUGAAACGAGUGGAAAACUCUUCUAUUGGCAGUUGUGAUGAGGUGAAUAAUCUCUUGGAGAGGGUUGAAGCUAUCAUCAUCAAGCAUUUUUCAAAUUCGAAUAUGCAAGAAGGCAUGAAAUCAUUGAGACCAAAAAGCAAAAAAGAGAAGCACAGUGUCUCAUUCAGUUCUGGCUUCUUUUCUGGGUUUUCAAUUGCAUUGCUCAUUGCUGUUGUUUUAAGGAUAGAGACCAGAAAACUAACUGAUGAGGAGGGUGCCUCGUACAUGGUUAACGUUUUCCCACUUUACAGUUUUUUUGCAUAUGUUGUCCUGCAUAUGCUCAUGUAUUCUUCAGACAUAUACUUUUGGAGGCGUUAUCGAAUCAACCAUCCAUUUAUCUUUGGUUUCAAGCAGGGAACUGAGUUGAGCUAUAGAGAAAUCUUCCUCCUGAGUUCAGGUCUUGCAGUUGUUGGGUUAGCUUGUUUCCUGGGAAACUUGCACUUGGAUCUCGGCUCAAAAACUCAGCAUCACAAGAAAUUAACUCAACUUUUCCCUUUGGGCUUAAUUGCAAUGGUUCUGGUCAUAUUGUUUUGUCCUUUUGACGUCAUAUACCGCUCAACUCAUUUCUUCUUCAUUCAAUCCUUAUUUCGCUGCCUUUGUGCUCCUCUUUACAAGGUUACACUCUCAGAUUUUUUCUUGGCAGAUCAGCUUACCAGCCAGGUCCAAGCUAUAAGGAGUCUUGACCUUUAUAUUUGCUACUACAGCUUGGGAGAAGUCCCCCGACGGCAAGACAAAUGACAUGGUCACAGUGUUUAUAAUGUUCUUUAUUUUGCUGUUGCUGUAAUACCAUACUGGAUCCGUUUGCUACGGAGCCUUCAUCGUUUAUUUGAGGAGAAAGCUUCAGUGCAUGGAUACGGUGGUUUAAAUUACUUCUUGGCAAUCAUUGCAAUUCUCAUUAGAACUGCAUUCGAACUAAAGAACAGAACGACCUGGAUGGUGUUGGCUCUGGUCAGCUCAGCUGUUACAACAAUAUUGAGUACAUACUUGGAUCUUGUCAUGGACUGGGGGCUUUUGCGAAGGCAUUCGCAAAGUGCUUAUUUGAGAGAGAAACUUCUGGUUCCGCACAAAAGUGUCUACUUUGCAGCUGUGGCCCUGGAUAUGGUUUUGAGAGUUGCUUGGGUGCAGUUGGUGUUGGAAUUUAACUUGCUUGCAGUUCAUAAAGUGGCCAUAACAACUGUCAUUUCCUGCCUAGAAAUAAUUCGUCGUGGUGUUUGGAACUUCUUCAGGAUAGAGAAUGAACACUUGAACAAUGUUGGCAAGUACCCGGAAUUCAAAUCAGUUCCGCUUCCUUUCAAUUACAUUGAUGAGGACUCAACCAAUGGUGAUUAA